AUGGAUACGUCCAACCAAGAGCAAUCUUCACCAAUUAUUAGAUCAGUUGGUGAUUCCGCUAGUCCAGUGAAUAUCAUUGACAAGGGUAUUGCUGUUAACAUUGACGAAGAGCUGGAAUUCUCUCUUGGUGAUGAAGAAUUAGGGAGUGAAGAUGAAGCAUUAGAAGGUGAUACACAUGCAACCACUCAAACAAUUGUAGAAGAAGCUGCUGCGGAUGAUGGCUUGGAUGCUUUUCGAAAAAAAAAGAGGCAGAAAAAAUCAGUAGCAUGGGAUGACUUUAAAGAUGUUGAAGUUGGCCAUCAAAAAACUCUCAUGUCUGAGUGUAUUCAUUGCCAUGCAAAGUUCAAGAAGACGAAAACUAGUACAACUUCAAGUUUGCUAAGGCAUAGGAAGUCAUGUGCUAUCCGAUUGCAAAAACUAAAAAAAGCAACACAACAAACAAAGAUCAAUUUCCCAUCUGCUGAUUCUGCCGAAGCUUCUCAAACCUACCUUCACUCCGGGACGUUUGAUAUGGCAGCCAUGAGAGAGGCUACUGCUGAAUGGGUGCUUAUGCAUGAGCAUCCAUUUUCAAUUGUGGAGGAAGAAGGCUUCAAUUUGAUGCCAAAAAGAGGGAUGCCCGAAUGGCAAAGAAUCAAUCGGACUAUGAACAAAAAUGAUUGCACAUCAGUUUAUGAAAGAGAGAAGACAAAAUUGAAGAAUCAAUUAAAGAAAGUCAAGAAAAUCAGCUUGACUACAAAUCUUUGGAAGUCCAAGAACCAAAAAAAUGAGUAUAUGGUUGUAACCGGGCAUUGGAUUGAUAGUAACUGGAGAUUGCAGAAACGGGUUCUCAACUUUGUGCACAUCCCUCCUCCACGUCGGGGCAUCCAAAUUGCGGAUGUUAUUUUCAAAUGUUUAACGGAUUGGGGAAUUGAGAGUAAGAUUUAUACAAUCUCAGUCGAUAAUGCCUCAAAUAAUGACAGUGCACUGAGAUGUUUGAAGGACACUUUCUCCAGAAACAAGUGUCUAUUAGCAAAAGGAAAGUUAUUUCAUGUGAGAUGUUGUGCUCAUAUACUGAAUUUGAUGGUUCAAGACGGACUUAGUCGGAUCAAGGAAAUAGUUGACACAAUCAGGGACAGUGUGGAGUUUAUCAAUUAG